AUGAUAUCAAAAUUAGUUGCAUGCAAAACAGCAGCAGCUUUGGGUGUACAUGCAGCUAUAAUUAGAGGCGCAGAGCCGUCAAGAGUAUUUGAUAUUCUUUCGUUUGUUGCUGGGAGAAUAUUUAACUCUAAACAUCAUCAUCAUUACUUCAGCAAACAUAUAUCAAAUACUAAUACUGCUUCUGAUGCCCCUGCUGCUGCUGCUGCUGCUGCUGCUGCUGCUGCUGCUGCUGGUGCUGCUGGUGAUGGUGAUGGUCAUGGUGCUGCUGCUGCUGAAGAAGGAGCAGCAGCAGCAGCAGCAGCAGCAGCAACAGCAGCAGGUGAAGACCCAGAAGAAGAGACAACGGAAGAAGAGACAGAGACAGAGACAGAGACAGAGACAGAAACAGAGACAGAAACAGAGACAGAGACAGCAGGAUCCACAUCCUGCUGCAGCAAACAGCAGCAAAGAGGAGACAAUCUGCUUCGUCAUUUAAUACCUCAAGAGCUUCGACGUCCUUCCCUUAGCAGCAGCAGCAGCAGCAGCAGCAGCAGCAAAUGGAGCGGUGUGGGGGAGUUGCUUGCUGCAGCAGGAGCAGCAGCAGCAGCAGCAGGGAGAGGAAUCAUACAAAAAGAAACAGCAAAUACACAACAAGGAGACAGCGCAAAGACAAACAGAGACCCAAAACCUUCAGUCUCCCCGCCCUCCAAGCCAGAGCAACCAGCAGCAGCAGCAGCAGAAGCAGCAGCAGCAGAAGCAGCAACAGCAGAAGCAGCAACAGCAGAAGCAGCAGACGCAUCCGUCCGUACAGAAGGUAUCUGCGAACAUUCCCUAGAAGAAGCCCACCGGGAGCAACAGCAGCAGCAGCAGCAACAGCAGCAGCAGCAGCAGCAGCAGCAACAGCAGCAGCAGCAGCAGCAGAAGCAGGUGAUGUGGGCACGCCAAGGGGGCAUUCGUUUUGCUCCGCCUUCAGAGGAAGAGUUGAAGAUGUCUCCUCCACCAUUCAAAGGGACAUUAUUUAUAUCUGCUGCUCGUGCUGCCUCUGCUGCUCGUGCUGCUGCUGCUGCUGCUGCUGCUGCUGCUGCUGCUGCUGCAUGA